AUGGGCACAACCUGGGCCAGGAGCCGGAGCCGGAAUUCUAGCCCCCGGGCCCCGCGCCUGCUGGGCCUGGCACUCUGUGCCGCCGCCGUGCUGCUCCUGCGGGGCCCGGGCCGAGCUGCCGCCUACUUCCCGGAGGAGCGCUGGAGCCCCGAGUCUUCCCUGCAGGCGCCGCGGGUCCUCAUCGCGCUCAUCGCUCGGAAUUCGGCCCACUCGCUGCCCUCGACCCUGGGCGCCCUGGAGAGGCUGCGGCACCCGCGGGACUGGACCGCGCUAUGGGUGGCCACGGACCACAACGUGGACAACACCUCGGCAGUGCUGCGGGAGUGGCUGGUGGGCGUGAAGAGCUUGUACCACUACGUGGAGUGGCGGCCCAUGGAGGAGCCGAGGUCCUACCCCGAUGAGGACGGCCCCAAGCACUGGUCCAGUUCUCGCUAUGAGCAUGUGAUGAAGCUCAGACAGGCUGCCCUGAAAUCAGCUCGGGAUAUGUGGGCAGACUACAUCCUGUUUCUGGAUGCAGAUAAUCUUCUGAUAAACCCAGACACUCUGUCUCUGCUGAUCGCAGAGAACAAGACAGUUGUGGCUCCCAUGUUGGACUCCAGAGCUGCCUAUUCCAAUUUCUGGUGUGGGAUGACUUCUCAGGGCUAUUAUAAACGAACACCUGCAUACAUACCCAUCAGGAGGCGGGAUCGCCGUGGCUGCUUUGCUGUUCCCAUGGUGCACUCCACCUUUCUGAUAGACCUACGGAAAGAGGCCUCCCAGGAGCUCUCCUUCUACCCCCCACAUCCUGAUUACACCUGGUCCUUCGAUGACAUCAUCGUCUGCUUCUCCUGUAAGCAAGCAGAAGUGCAGAUGUUUGUCUGUAACAAGGAGGUCUACGGCUUCCUCCCAGUGCCACUGAGGGCCCACAGCUCCCUGCGAGAUGAGGCCGAGAGCUUCAUGCAUGCCCAGCUUGAGGUCAUGGUAAGGUACCCCCCAGUGGAACCUUCACAUUUUACCUCUGUCCAGGCCAAGGUACCUGAUAAGAUGGGCUUUGACGGCUUCAUGAUUAAUCUUAAGCGUCGACUGGACAAACGUGAGCGUAUGCUGAGGACUCUCUAUGAACAAGAGAUUGAAUGCAAAAUUGUUGAUGCAAUAGAUGGAAGAGCCAUGAACACAAGCCAAGUGGAAGCACUAGGGAUUCGGAUGCUGCCAGGUUAUCAGGACCCCUACCAUGGCCGCCCACUCACCAAGGGGGAGUUGGGCUGCUUUCUUAGUCACCACCAAAUCUGGAAGGAGGUUGUGGAGCGAGGGCUGGAGAAAUCUCUUGUGUUCGAGGAUGACCUCCGUUUUGAGAUUUUCUUCAAAAGGCGCCUGAUGAAUCUCAUGUAUGACAUCGAGGAAGAAGGUCUGGAGUGGGACCUGAUCUAUGUGGGCAGGAAGCGGAUGCAAGUGGAGCACCCAGAGAAGGCAGUGCCGCAUGUUCGGAACCUGGUAGAGGCUGACUAUUCCUACUGGACCCUGGCCUAUGUCAUCUCCCUCCAGGGAGCACAGAAACUACUGGCUGCCCAGCCUCUCUCCAAGAUGCUCCCAGUGGAUGAGUUCCUGCCGGUGAUGUUUGAUAAACACCCAGUCUCUGAUUACAAAGAACACUUUGAGAAGCGGGACCUGCUGGCCUUCUCGGUGGAGCCCCUUCUUGUGUACCCCACUCAUUACACAGGGGAUGAUGGCUACAUCAGUGACACAGAGACCUCGGUUGUGUGGAAUAAUGAAAAGGUGAAGACAGACUGGGAUCGAGCCAAGUCCAAGAAAAUGAAGGAGCAGCAGGAGCUAAGCAAGGAGGCCAAGAAUUCGGAUGUCUUACAGUCCCCCCUUGACAGAACAGCCCGGGAUAAGCUGUGA